GGCUGCCUUCAAAGCCAUCGUUGCAGGGUCAGAUCAGACCAACUUGACGUGGUCAUAUAUCGCUAGCUCUACGUAUUCACUUCGAGUGACUGGGUUCUAAGAAUCGCCUGUGACACCUACAGCAUAACAAAUCGUCGUCCGACCUGUAUGUCCUUUGGAUGAAGCCUGACCUCGAAUGAGUCAUCGGUAGAUGUCGACUGCCACUUGAUAAGCCUGCUCCGUGAAGACUCCCUUCACUUCACAACUUCUGCCGCUACAAGGGCGACAUGUCAGCUGUAGCCACCGAAGCGCGUCCGGUCACUGGUUCUCGUCUGAAUAUCUCGCGAGCUCGAGGCGUAUGGCACAGGUCUACCAGACGACCUGUGACAGCACCAGCUCAGCUCGUAGGCGGCAACGCUUGGUCGCGAGCAACCACCCCAGCAACCGUGCGGCAGCCACCUCCUUCAGAUCCGGUUCGUUCAGGUCCUGUCAACACAAUCAGCCAUCUGUCGUACUCUGGUGGAUACAAGGACGCCGAGCAGGCAAUCAAGAACGUUGUGGUACCCACAAUCAGGCAGCACUUCCCUGGCAUGGACUUCGCCAUCUCAUUAGUACUUUAUCAAGACAAACCGACAGUAUUAGUAGGUGUUCGAGAUUCAGAAAGCCUGCGACCCUACCUGCAGACGCAGUAUGGCGGCUUGCCAGUAUUGCUCGUUUCCGCAACGACUGAGCAACGCACAGAUGUGGUCGAUUCUGCCCUGAUCGAUCGGACAGUCGACAAAGCUAUUGGCGGCAGCAUCGCCAGCUCACAAGCUGACUUUGCUGGUAGCUUUGGGUCUAUUUGUGCGCGAACGAAGCACGAAGGAGAUUUGUGCCCUGACGGCCUACCAUGUCGUCCACACUGACGACCUUGUUAGUUGCCAGUAAAGUGCGACAUGGCAGCCAUGGCGGCAUAGCUGUAUGCGGCAACUCCAGCUAGUGGGAGACGGUGUACGGUAGCAGGUAAGCACAAGAGUGAAACGUCGGUGUGUAUGACGUGAUAUGCCGUCAAGACAAAAAUUGCCUUUGUGCUUCUUUCGCGCACGAAAAGACCCAAAGUACCAACAAGAUCGGUUCGUGAGCUGGCGAUGCUGGUGCCAAUAGCUUUUUCAACUGUUCGUUUGACCAGGUCGGGAUCGUGCAUGUCAGUGUGUGUCUCAGUCGCUGCGUAGGCCAGCAAUACUGGCAAGCCGUCAUAUUCUGUAUGUAGGAA